AUGCUGGUGGGUGGUAGAGUUAGUGGGGGUAGUGAUGAUGACAAAAGUGGUGACAGUGGUGGAGGUGGCCAUGGAAGUGUAGGUAGAGGUGGUGAUGGAGAAGCUGAUGGAGGAAGUCAUGGUGGAGGUAGUAGUAUUGGUAGUGGAAGUGGAGGUGUUGCUGGAGUUGGUGGAGGUUAUAAUGGAGAUAAUGGGGGUGGUAAUGGUGGUGGUGGAGGCAGGGAUAGAGAUGGUGCUGGUAGAGGAAGUAGAGGUGGUUUGGGAGAAAAUGAUGUAGGUGGAGGAGGUGACAAUAUUGGAGUUCGUGGAAGCAGAGGUGGUAGUGGUGAAAGUGGAGGGAAACAUUAA